UCUUUAAAAAUGUGGAAGUAAGAAAACUGCACUUCUGUGUCCCAGCUGCACAGUUGGGCUUGUUGGGGAAGACACAGAAACAGACUGAAGAAGAUCCCAAAGAAGAGAAGGAAGAGGAGGAGGUUGCCGGUGUCCUCAGCCAUGACUCUCCUGUCAGCACAGCCAGGCCCAGCAGAAGUUGGCGGAGCAGCAGGUCAGCCACCGCCGCCCGCCAGCGUGACACUGAGAAUUCACGGGCCUCCAGAUCCAAGACUGGCUCCCUGCAGCUCGUCUGCAAGUCAGAGCCAAACACAGACCAGCUUGAAUACGUGGUCACAGAAGAGCAUCACUCUCCAGCUGGGAUCGGCAGUGAUGAUGAUGAGGAGAUGCUCAUCAGCGAGGAAGAAGUUCCCUUCAAAGAUGAUCCAAGAGAUGAAACUUACAGGCCCCACCUAGAGAAAGAAGCACCAAAGCAGAGGAGGAAAGCUAGCAAGGGGAAGGAGGAAAAAGAGAAACAGAAGGAGAUUAAAGUAGAAGUGAAAGAAGAGAGUGAGUUUCAGGAAGAUGAAGAACCGCCGAGGAAGAGGGGAAGGAGGAGAAAGGAUGACAAAAGCCCAAGGCUGCCCAAGAGAAGGAAGAAGCCUCCGAUACAGUAUGUCCGCUGCGAGAUGGAAGGCUGCGGCACAGUCCUGGCUCACCCACGUUACCUGCAGCAUCACAUAAAGUACCAGCACUUGCUGAAGAAAAAAUACGUGUGUCCUCAUCCCUCCUGUGGUCGGCCACAGCUCCUGCGGCACGCCAAACACCACACAGAUCAAAGGGAUUACAUCUGUGAGUACUGUGCCCGGGCGUUUAAGAGUUCUCAUAACUUGGCAGUUCAUCGAAUGAUCCAUACAGGCGAGAAGCCCUUGCAGUGUGAGAUCUGUGGAUUCACCUGCCGGCAAAAGGCUUCUCUCAACUGGCACAUGAAGAAGCACGACGCGGACUCCUUCUACCAGUUCUCCUGCAACAUUUGCGGCAAGAAAUUUGAGAAGAAAGACAGUGUCGUGGCCCACAAGGCCAAGAGCCAUCCCGAAGUGCUUAUUGCUGAAGCACUGGCUGCCAAUGCGGGUGCCCUGAUCACCAGCACCGACAUCCUGGGCACUAAUGCUGAGGCCAUUGUGCCACCCACCGAUGGCCAGGGCCUUCCUAUGAACACGGAGAUCCUAGGAGCCACCACAGAGGUGCUCAUCGAAGAUUCAGACUCCACUGGACCCUAG